UUAAUUUUUUGCUAGGGUUUGGCAAAUGUAAUUUCUCUAGAUUGGUUGCGUAUGUUUAGUAAUCAUGAAGUACAAGUAUUAAUUUCUGGUGCUGAAGUUCCGGUCGAUAUUGAAGAUUUGAAAAAACACACCAAUUAUGUUGGAGGAUAUACACCAGAGGACCCAGCUAUAGAUCUAUUCUGGACAGUUGUUAAUGAUUUUACUGAUGAGCAGAAGACAAAACUUUUAAAAUUUGUGACUAGUUGUUCACGUCCACCUCUUCUUGGUUUCAAGGAAUUAUAUCCUCCAUUUUGUAUCCAGAAAGUAAGCUCAUCUGAUCGUUUGCCAACAGCUAGUACUUGUAUGAACCUUUUAAAAAUGCCAGUUUUUAAAGACUAUGAAACACUAAAAACAAAGUUAUUGUAUGCAAUACAAUCUGGUGCCGGAUUUGAACUUAGUUAAUGUAAUGUUGGUUGUUUUAUUUUUAAACUCUUGGUAUAUACUUAAUAACAAAAAUGUUUUGAAAUAAUAAAAAAUAAUGUA